AUGGGACACAGUGUGCCAAAACUCAACGACCCUUCGCUGUUCAAGCAGCAGGCCUUCAUCAAUGGCAAAUGGGUCGAUGCAAAGUCGGGCCAGACCUUUGACGUUCAUGACCCGGCAACCCACGAACCCAUUGGCAAGAUGCCCGAAAUGAACAAACAAGACGCUCAACUCGCCAUCGACGCCGCCGCCGCCGCCUUUCCCAAAUUCCGCAAGACGACCGCAAGAGAAAGAUCAAAGAUGCUACGCAAGUGGUACGACCUGAUGGUUGAGAACUCGGAGGAUAUUGCAAGACUCAUUACAUGGGAGAAUGGAAAGCCAAUGGCUGAUGCAAAGGGUGAGGCCACAUACGCUGCCAACUUCUUCGAGUGGUUCAGCGAGGAAGCUCCCAGGGCAUACGGCGACACCAUCUCUGCAACCGUCGCUGGCAACAGGGUUUUCACCCUCAAGGAACCCGUCGGUGUUUGCGGUCUCAUUACCCCCUGGAACUUCCCUGCCGCCAUGAUCACCAGAAAGAUUGGUCCUGCACUGGCAGCUGGAUGUACCGUCGUCGCAAAGUCUCCUGGUGAGACUCCUUUCACUGCCGCCGCUCUGGCUGAAUUGUCUGUCCGCGCUGGCAUUCCCCCUGGUGUCGUCAACAUCAUCACAGCCAUGAAGAACACUCCCGAAGUUGGAGAGGCCAUUACAUCUUCUGACAUUGUCAAAAAGGUGUCUUUCACCGGCAGUACUGGAGUCGGCAAGCUUCUUAUGAAACAAUCUGCAGACACUCUGAAGAAGCUCUCCUUCGAGCUCGGUGGAAAUGCUCCUUUCAUUGUCUUUGACGACGCCGAUCUCGACACUGCCGUUGCUGGUGCCAUUGCUUCCAAAUUCCGCUCUUCUGGUCAGACUUGUGUUUGUGCGAACCGCUUGUAUAUCCAGAGAGGUAUCUACGACAAAUUCGCCGAGGCUUUUGUUGAAAAGGUCAAGAACUUCAAGGUCGGUCACGGUUACGACGAGGGUGUCACUCACGGUCCUUUGAUUCACGAUCGUGCCGUCAGCAAGGUUGAGGCACAUGUCAAGGAUGCUGUCAAGCACGGUGGUAAGGUUCUUGUUGGUGGUCAGAAGCUUCCUGAUCUCGGUGACAACUUCUUCCAACCCACUGUCAUCCGCGACAUGACUACCGACAUGGCUUUGGCUCAUGAAGAGACAUUCGGACCUGUAGCCGGUCUGUUCCCCUUCGAUACUGAGGCCGAGGUUGUCAAGCUUGCCAACGACACUGAAGUUGGUCUUGCCGGCUAUUUCUUCUCCCGUGACGUACAUCGCAUCUACCGUGUAGCUGAGGCUCUCGAGGUUGGUAUGGUUGGUGUCAACACUGGUCUUAUCAGCGACCCUGCCUCGCCGUUUGGAGGUGUCAAGCAAUCAGGCUUCGGACGUGAAGGCUCCAAGAUUGGUAUCGAUGAGUACAUGGUCACCAAGAUGGUUACUCUAGGCGGCAUGGGAAACCCGCUGCAAGGAGAGUAG